GCCCGGGGUGGACUUCGACGAGGUGUUCGCUCCGGUGGCAAGGCUGGAAUCAGUCCGCAUGCUGCUCGCUUUAGCUACACAGGCCAGGUGGUCUGUCCAUCACAUGGACGUGAAGUCCGCUUUUCUCAAUGGGGAGCUCACUGAGGAGGUGUAUGUCGUGCAACCGCCUGGCUUCGUGGUCGAGGGACAUGAACAUCAAGUGCUGAAGCUGGACAAGGCACUCUAUGGACUUCUCCAAGCACCCCGAGCGUGGAAUGCCAAGCUGGACGCAAGCAAAUGUCACUUGGUUUUAGGCGCUGUGACUUUGAGCACGCCGUGUAUGCUCGAGGUGAGGGAACACACCGCUUGCUUGUUGGUGUUUAUGUGGAUGAUCUUAUCAUUACAGGAAGUGAUGCUGUGGAGAUUGAUCGAUUCAAGGCGGAGAUGAAGUCCCUUUUCAGGAUGAGCGAUCUUGGUCUCCUCUGCUUCUACCUGGGGAUUGAGGUCGAACAGGUGGCGGGCAGCACACGGAUGACUCAGUCGGCCUUCGCGCGUCGUAUUUUGGAGAAGGCAGGGAUGCAGGACUGCAAUGCCUGUGCGACGCCAAUGGAGCAGCGGCUCAAGCUCAGCAAUCACAGUGAUGCACCACCAGUGGAUUCUACUGGCUAUCGCAGCAUCGUCGGAAGUUUGCGGUACUUGGUUCACACAAGAUCGGACAUCGCGUUCGCGGUGGGUUAUGUCAGUCGCUUCAUGGAGGCACCCACUGCCGAGCAUGAGGCAGCGGUGAAGCGGAUACUGAGAUACAUUGCUGGCACAAUUGAUUACGGGAUCAUCUACCAGAGAUCGGAGACGCCGGCUACUCUAGUUGGGUUUUUUGAUGCAGAUAUGGCCGGUGACGUGGAUACGCGCAAAAGCACGAGCGGUGUCAUGUUCUUCCUUGGAUCCAAUCCGGUGAGUUGGCAAUCCCAGAAGCAAAAGGUUGUCGCUCUUUCAUCUUGCGAGGCAGAGUAUAUUGCGGCGAGGACAGCAGCAUGUCAGGGCGUCUGGAUGGCGCAGUUGCUGGGAGAAAUUAACCAAGCUCAGCCAGAUGUUUUCAAGUUGAUGGUUGACAACAAGUCGGCGAUUGCAUUGAGCAAAAAUCCGGUGUUUCAUGACUGCAGCAAACACAUAGCUACUCGGUAUCAUUAUAUCCGGGAGUGUGUGGAAGAAGGGCGAGUUCAGUUGGAAUUCACUGGGACUGCAGAUCAAGUCGCUGAUAUACUGACGAAGUCCCUUGGUCGAGUGCGGUUUGAGGAGCUACGCUCGCGGAUCGGGGUUUCGGAAGUAAGUCGCGGGCACAAGGUUUAGGGGGAGAUUUGUUGCAUAUUACGUUAACCUUGUGCCUGCAAAAGCUGUUUUAUUUAGUUAGGAUAGUUUCCUUUCAUGCACGUUAUGUGUUUGUUUUUUAUUCCCUGUUUUUCUGGGCUCGCUCUAGUCAGAGUUGAGCGCGUCUAUAGGCCUGAGGCGUGCGAGUUCACGUCGAGGCGGUAAUGUGAGAGUCUCUCGCUGCACGAUCUGACGAGUGGGAUGGCGCUCGUAAUCCGGAUGGUGGAGCGAGUAAUCCGGCCAAUUUGUUAGGCCGUAGUGUGCAUUUUCCCUUCAAUAAAAGGAAGAAGAAAACAUGAAAACGGUGCGGCAAGAUUUAAGCACCACAAAACUUUCUAUGUUCAUUGCUCUUUAGCUUACUGUUCAUCUUCAAGUUUUUGUCAAGUGAGAGAGAGAUAUCGAUCCUGUGUGUUUCUACCAACAGGACGCAUCUCCUGGAAGCUUUUCAUCCUUAUUGAGAAAUGUAGUGGGGCUUGCCUUGCUCGAGGAGAGCGUGGACGGUGGUCGGGACUCGGUCCAAACGCCCCCCCUUUCACCCUGCUCCUAUCACUGCUUGCUACGGCAGUGUCGCUAUGCUCAAUCCCAACAAAAGCAGGCACUACUUUGCUUUUUGACUCAUCCAACGGACCUCUACUUAUUGGACACGCAGCUCCCUAGCUUGUCUCUUCUGCUGACUAGUAGGCGCCCAAUCCAAUGCCGGUCGACAGGAUGAUCGUGUCUGAGAGCACCCACAAUGGUAAAGUAAGGUGCUAUCUAUAAAACAUGUACAUCUCAGCAAUAGACUAGAUUAAUAGUAAACCACUUCAAUGGUAUGUCUACAUGGGUAUCUAUAGCUCUCUAAUCCAUUGCCUCGUU